AUUUUGGCUAUUUUUCCACAACAGCAGCAAGCGACCAAACGGCGGCAGUGGCUGGUGGUGACGGAUCGACGAGAUGAGUUCUUCUGACCGUUUGGCGGAGAUUGCCCGCAAGAAAGAGCAGCUUGCGGAGAUCAAGCGUCGCCGUCAGGAACGCGCUCGCACUCGCACACAGCCCGGUGUUCUCGCGGGCACCGACUUGGUGGAUGGCGAUGUGAACACGCUUGUUGAGCAGCUGCUUUCUGAGAGCAGCUAUGCUCCACCUCCAUCCAAAGUGACCAUCUCUGAGGACUCUCAACAACAACAGCAGCAACAGCAGCAGCAGGCUCGCCCUGCUGCAACCCGCAUGCGCUUCAGGAGCCGGGCGUCGCUCGGGGUGUCGGAGGUGCGGCACGAGGACAUCCUGCCCGCAGAGACAAUCGUGUACACCAAGGGCGCGCAGACAGACCCCGUGGCGGAGCUGGAGCCAAAGGCGCAGGACGAAGCGGCGGAGCAGAAGGAAGGCGGCAGUGGCGAGCAGGAGAGCAAGGAGGAGCAGGUGCAGGCGGGGGAAGGGGAGGUGGCCGAGACAGGCAGCGAUGACGGGGAGGGCGAGGAAGGCAAGCACGCCGAAGAGCAAGUCAAAGUGAUGGACGAGGGUGAAGCGCAGGAUGUGAUGAACACACACGACUUCCAGCAGUUCUUUGACGGCGCGUCGCUUCUCGUGGAGCGCGGGGGGCGGAUAAGGGUUGUGCUCCACCCCCCUUUUUCCUAA